AUGAGCUCGGACUCGAGCAGAGCCUCGUCGCCCGACAUGGACGCAGCGUACGCGCGCGCCCGCGACUCCCGCGCGCCUCCGGUCUCCUCCACGCAGGGCGCGUGCACGACAACGGCCGAGCAUCACCAGCACCAGCAGCACACGCACCAUCACCACCAGCACCAGGCGCGCGCUCCCUUGACCCCGGGCUCGGCCGCGAGUGCAGCCAAGUACCGGCUGAAGAAGCAGGCGAGCGAGGAGGAGGUCCAGCAGCUGCGCCUGAAGAUCAACGGGCGCGAGCGCAAGCGUAUGCACGACCUGAACCUGGCCAUGGACGGCCUGCGCGAGGUCAUGCCGUACGCGCACGGGCCCUCCGUGCGCAAGCUCUCCAAGAUCGCCACGCUGCUGCUCGCGCGCAACUACAUCCUCAUGCUGAGCAGCUCCCUCGACGAGAUGAAGCGCCUCGUGGCCGAGCUCUACGGCGGCGGAGGCGGCGGCGGGGGCGCGCACGGGCCCUUCCACUGCGCCGGCGCACACCCGCUGCUGGCCGCCGCCGCAAGCGCGCUCGCGCCCCCUCCACCCGCCUCGGCCGCCACGGCGCUCGGGCUGUCGUCCAUCCGCGCGGCGCACUCGCUGAUGAAGAGCGCGCCUCCUCCUCCUCCGCCUCCCCCGCCGCCGCCUCCUCCUCACCACCAUCACCCGUCCGCUCCUGCGGCUCCCACCGCGCUCCACGGCGCCUUCCAGCACUGGGCGGGCCUGCCGUGCCCGUGCACCAUCUGCCAGACGCCGCCUCCUCAUAGCGCGCCUCCUCCUGCUCCUCCUCACCUCGCCAUCACCUCCACCGGACUGUCCCGGCUGGCCGCCGAGAGCAAAGAGGCCCUCAAGUGA